AUGGUUGCAGAUAUAAAGGGCAUUGAACAAAUGGAAAAUUAUUCUUGGUGGUAAAUUUGUGAUAUUGACAUCUCAAGAAUGGACAGAAAGUAUGGAAAAUACAUAUUGAAUGUGGAACACUCUGACAACCCGCCGUUGAAUGAAAAUUGCUGCAGUGACUGGUCUCUGUGGAAAGUUUUCCUGGCCUGUCUCUUGGCCUGUGCUAUAACCACAGCUAUUGGAGUACUCAUACUGAGCCUGGUGAAUAUUAAGGGAAAUAAUUCCUCCAUUGUUAUCCAGCUACCCACAAACAGUGGACAGCCCACAGUUAUUGUACCUGGAACAACCUCUACUACUUCUCAAUCUACAGCAACUACCACUUCAGCUGCACCUACAACCACUGCGACAGCUUCAACCAUCACUUCAACUAACUCUACAGGCUCUACUGCUUCCACUCCACCUGCCACCACAUCAGCCACCUCUCCCUCUUUAAGUGAAACCACAGCUGCCGCUACUGCAGCAGCAUCUACGACCACGGCUACUACCACGCAGUCCUCAGCUGCAACACGCGCAGCCACUUCAACUGACCCUGCAGGCUCCUCUUCUGCUUCUAUAACGGGUACAACGGCCACCUCUAGAAAGUGAAAUCACAAUUGCAACUGUUUCAACAGCAUCUGCGACUACUGCUACUUCCAUUUAAUCUGUAACCACAAGAGCCACUUCUCUCUGAAACAGUGCAGUCACAACUACAUGGCCCUGAGGAUUCUAUUUGAAUGACACCAAAUACUUCUACAAGUUAAACUUAGCUGACAAUUGAAAUAAUCACCAAAACUACAACCACUACCCCUUCCCCUUACCAUACAACUACUGUAGCUUCCACUUAGCUCACAAUAACAACAGUAAUCAUGCUCCUUCAAUGUAUAAUCUUCACCUAUUCAUCCUGCAACAAAAAUGACUCCAUUACCCCCUAAUCUUAAUAUGACUAUCAUCAAUCAUCAAGUUAACCUUUAGAUACCACCUCAAAAAUUAACUUACAACUAAUCCACACACUGACUUUUCCCCCAGUUGAAACUGUAGCUAUCUCAUCUAUAUUUGCUAAGUCUAUAUCAUUGCCAGUCUUAUGUUAUACCAUAUCAAUUACUGUGAUGCCACUAAAAGAAAGAUAAUUUGGACCAUGAAUAAUGAUAAAAUUACUACAGUUUUCACAAAUACCAACACUUAGGACUUUUAUAACCAACAGAAAUCUUUUCAUUUUUUAAAAUGAACUAAACAUUUAAACUAAAAAAAUCUG